AUGAACAACGAUUUUGGUGGGUUGAGACCACCACAAGGAUACUCUCGCAUUUCUGCUCCAGUAGAGAUAUCAAUAAAUCAACGUAGUAAAACAUGGAUUCCACUCAUAAUUUUUGGAAGUACAUUGUUACUCGUAGUUACAAUUGUUACUUAUUUGAUAGUAUUCAAACCUUUCUAUCAACACAAAUCAAUAAUAACAACAACAGUUUCAACUCGUACAACACAAGUAUCGAUCCCAUUUACUAAUGCACAAUGUUCUGCUUCUAACUGUCCCAAUGGUGAUACAUGUUGUCUUUCUGAUGUAUUGUGGACUAAAAUGCGUUGUUGUCGAGGAGAUACUCCAGUUUGUUGUGCAUCGAAUCAAGGUUGGUGUUGUCGAAUACAUGCACCCGUAUGUUGUGGAAAAUUUAGUUGUUGUCCUCUAAAUCAAACUUGCUGUACAAUUCAAGGAAUUGAACAAUGUUGUCUAGUUAAUAAUACUACUAUGUCUACUGUUGUCAUUUAA